AUGUUCAAGAGUUACCAACAUCAACAAAAGGAGGAGUUUAUGCGGUUAAGUGAUAGGUUCAAUGACUGCCUUGUGAAACUUGCAAUCUGUAGAACUUUGACUAAUGAAGGCGUGGUCAUCACGGCGAUAGGAAGAUUCCUCCUUCAUGGUAUUCGCCUUGUGUUCGGCUUCGGAGCCAUGUUUGGGGUCCUGAUGAGUCGAGGUGCGGAACGGUUUCAGUGCCCCAAACCGGGUCACCACCGUUCUUGCCACAAACAAGCUCCUACAAAGGAAACUGCACCACCACAGGAUCAGCCAACUCUUGCCAAUAAUUAG